ACAAGCCGACGGGCACCCCAGGGCAGCACGCGCAUGGCCGACGACGACUGCCUCACCGAGGAGCUCGUCGUGCGCCACGGCGGCCAGUACGACCCCGAGCUGCUCCAGCGGCUGACCCUGAGCGGCCUGCGCCUCGCGCGGCUGGGCGCGGGCCUCGCGCGGUGCACGGCGCUGCGCGUCCUGGACCUCGCGCGGAACAAGUUGCAGCACCUCGACGGCGUCGAGGUCUGCGCGAGCCUCGAGCGGCUCCUCGUCGCGCGGAACGAGCUGACGCGCUUCGGCUUCGUCGCGGGCCUCGCGAAGCUGGACCACCUCGACGCCCGCGCGAACGCACUGCAGGACGUCGACGCCGUCGCGGCGGACCUGCGGCCGUGCGCGGCGCUCGCCUCGCUCGAGCUGCGGAGCGACGACGGGUCGGACGCGAACCCCUGCUGCGCGGCUCCGAGCUACGCCGCGACGCUGCGCAGGGCGCUGCCGGCGCUGCGGGUCCUCGACGGCGCGUCCCUCGCCCUCGCGGACGCGGCCGCGACCGCGCGCGGCGCGAUCGCCGCCGCGGCCGUCGACGCGGCGGCGCCGGCGCCCGACGACUGGCUCGGCGACGGCUUCGACGACGCGGCGGCGCCCGGCAAGGCGCUCCGGCCGGCGAACGCGGCCGCGGCGCGCGUCCGGGCGGACGCGGACCGGCUCCGCGCGGAGAUGGAACAUGGUGUCGCGACCGCCAAGGCGGCGCUUGGGCGAUCGCCCGGGUAA